UGGUUUGUCAAAUAUCCGUGCAUGGCAUGGUUGACAGUAGCUAGCGACUCAGGCAGGGAACCCGGGCACGCGUUUUUAUCCGCCUGUAAAAUAAGCUAAACCCUCAUCCUCCAGGGCAACUCCACCCCCGGCCGUCUUAGCAGCCGUCUCGACCCCUUUGUCACCAGUCUUUUCCCGCCUGUUCCCCGUCUUUCCUCCCUCUCACCGGCGGCUCGUGGACGAACUGCUGCUCCUGAAAAUGGCGGAUCUCCCCCCAGAGAAGAGCCUGGACGACUUCUUCGCCAAGCGGGAUAAAAAGAAGAAGAAAGAGAAGGGCAAGGGGAAGGAGUCGUCCUCCACCGCCACCACCAUGACGGCACUGGUGAAAAAGACCAAGAGAGAGAAGGAGAAAUCUGCCAAAAACGAGAACCAGGACGCUCAGAUCGAUAAGGAGGACGAGGAAUGGAAAGAGUUUGAGCAAAAAGAAGUGGACUACAGCGGACUGAGGCUCCAGUCUAUGCAGAUAAGUGACGAAAAAGAGGAAGAAGAGUAUGAAAAGGAGGAAGUAGGAGAGGAUGGGGAGAUUAUUCUUGUUAGUGGAGACAAAGUGUCCGGUCCCUGGAACAAAUCGGGCGCUGCUCCUCCUCCCGCUCCAGCCGUGGUGGAGCCUGAGGAGGAGCCUGAGUCGAAGCCUUCCGGCGUGUACCGGCCUCCGGGGGCUCGACUCACCACCACCAAACGAUCCGCCAACCAGGGCCCUCCCGAGAUCUACAGUGACGCACAGUUCCCCUCUCUGCUGGCCUCCGCCAAGCACGUCGAGACACGCAAAGACAAAGAAAUGGAGAAGACCUUUGAGGUUGUGAAACACAAGAGCCGCGGUAGAGAGGAGAACAGCGGCUCUUCUAUGCAGCAGUUGCAGCUCGACAACCAGUAUGCCAUUCUGGGGGACAAGUAAAACCUCUGCCCUCCGUCCCCGGGCCCCUCCAGCACGGUCCCGCUCAGCCCCCCUGAAGGAAGCUGAACUCUCCAGCUGUGAGGACGAGUCCUGACAGAGCUCCUGCUGCCACCCUCACCACACACAACACACACAGUUACACACAAAACCACCGCAGACACACUCCCUUUAACACACCCAAAUCAUGUGGUCGGCACAAAUGAAGGAUUGCAUCUGAGGGGCUGAUGAAAAAGGGGCAAUAACUGAAACGGAAUUAGCAAAAUACACCCAAAUGUACGACACUGCAGCAGCAACAAGCGGCAACAUUCGUUGCGUCGUGUGGAUUGUUCUCAGCAGCAGUUUUUUGGCGCAACUUCUCUCUGGACUGCAUCUUGCUUUGACAAAGCCACAGAGGAUUGAAAAUGACUUUAGGCAAAAUGAUUUUACAAACUUCUGUGAAAAUAUCUAUUUUUUUGCAAGAUUGUUAUAAUCCAAUCGCACGUGGUUAUUUGAGGUGUGUUUUUGAGUUGCGGUUGGGGCUCCAAGAGUGGGGAUUCUACCUCAGCGGUGUAGCUGGUGGUGACCAUGUGGACUGAGCUUUUUUCUUUUCUUUUUUUUUUUUUUUUCUUGGUCCUUUUCUUUUCCCGCUGUAGUGGUGAAAGAGCGCAAACAUGCAAAUUGGCUAUCAGGCUCUUUAAUUUAGAAACUCGAAGCUUUAUCAUUCAUAUAUUGACGACACUCUGGAGAAAUCUGGGGACAAGAAACUAUGGGUUGUGGUCUUCAUCUUCUAGGAUUUCUAUAUAAAGUGACCUUACUGAUAGUCCUUUUGAAGUGUUGUCUCGUAGGCUGUUUGCUGCCUCUGGAUCUCACCACCGUUUGAAGAACAAGGAAUCAUACAAACGAGAAAAACCCUCUGUUGGGGAAUGUAGUGCUGUUGUAGUUUGCCUGAUGAUUACAGUUACUAACCUUCAUAUCUGGUGUUUGAUUUUGGUGCCCUUACUUUUUCUCUUGCUACAAUAGAAGAAGAGUAACGGUUGUUUCUGAUCUGACACUAUGAUUUUGAAAACAGAUGCUUCACUUUGGUUUAACACCUGGUUACCACAAAUAUCUCAAUUAAAAACAUGGUUGUUGUCCUUGUG